AUGAGACGCCGGAGACACCUCGGCCUCACUCAAGAAAAACGCAAUCCACAACCGGCCUUACCGAGGAGGUCAAUCUUCGCUACCUACUUUACCGAUACAGUUUCCAUCCUCAACACAACCUCAAUCUCGGACACCCUCCCCCUACGCCGCACGCCAAUCUCCCUCUCUCCGAAAAACCAAUAUCUCCUACUCGCAAGCCACGUGGCUCUGCCCGAUCUGUCAGAUUACCCCACACAAAAGAACCUGCGGGAUGUCCGACAGCACAAGUUCCGGGCCCUGCAAAACAAGACACCAGUGGUCAGCGGCACAGUCCGCAGUUUUCCUAGUGACCACGUUUUUGUAUUUUAUAUUUUUUAUUAA